AUGGACUGUUCUCAAAUCUCAAUACAUUCAUUCAUCGGAGAACUCAACAAAACCUCUCUAGUAACAUUUCCUUGCCGGCAGCCGGACGGAGACGUCAUCCUCUUAACAACUUUGAUGGAAAAUUUGAAGAAAAAACGAUCGGAGUUAAGAGGAGACCAUAGAUUACCCGGCAAGAAAACUAAGUUCAAGAAGGAGCGUUCCGACGUUGGAGGGACCGCCGAUGACGCUGAGUUGGAGGAAUUCUUUGCUAUAUUACAGCGGUUGCAGACGGGGUUUGAUUAUUUCCAGAAUAAAGGUGUCGGGGGUUGUGGCGGUAAGUCUGCAGCGGCACCACCGGCGACGGGAUCAGGGUUGUGUGGUCCGGCGUUUCAGUUGGAGGACUUUAAACCAAUUGAUGACGGCAGCCGGCCGAUAGCGAGUAGCGGAGGAGCAUUACAGAAGGACAACUUUGUUGGGUUUGAUCUUAACGCCGACCCGGAAACUCAACUCAAAUCCAUAUGA